AUGGAUGAUGAAAAUAAAGUUAAAUUCACUGCUCAAGAUUUAUAUGAUAAGAAAGCAGACAAAACAGAGCUUCAAACAUUAAAGACUGAAAUUCUUCAAACAUUAUAUCCUGUUGGUUCUAUUUAUACAUCAAUGAACUCAACAAAUCCUUCAGAAGUUUUAGGUUUUGGUAUGUGGAAGCAGAUUGUAGAUAAAUUCUUAUACUGUGCUAGAUAUUCAAAGCAAACAGGAGGUUCGAAGAAAAUUAAAGAAGCAAACUUACCCCCGCACACUCAUACAGGAACUACAAACUUUUCUGGCGACCAUAGCCACUCAUUAAGAGACCACCCAUUAUACAACUCAGAAUAUGAAGCUGGCUAUGAUGUUUUAUCUCCAGAUUAUAACCAUUCAGCAAAAAAGACUUUUCGACCAACUGAACCAGGAGGAAAUCAUGUCCAUACUUUCACAACAAAUCCAACAGGUUCAGGUAAAGAUUAUAUGCCACCAUUUGUGACUGUAUUUGCAUGGUACCGUGUUCAAUGA